CACGCGCAUCUGGAGCGGAGGAGGAGGAGGAGGCGGGAGCGCGGGCGCGUCACCGAGCGCAUCCUUAAGGAGCGCGCAGGCACAGAAGAAAACAUCCACAGCUCGGCCACCCAUUUCAGCUGGAGGAUCGCUCUGGAGAAAUUCAUGGAAAUAAAAUAGAAAUUCAUUCCCUUGGCUUUUUAUUUUUUUGUUUUCUGAUCACAGCCAAGCCACCGGACUUCAAAAUGGCUGAGAUGACUAAUAUAAAACCAAGCUAUGAUGUCUCCCCAGUACUUGCAGGUUUUCUGGGUGCAGGGGUCUUGGUUGUCUCUGUGACGGUGACUGUUUUUCUGUGGACGUGCUGUCAGCGGCGAUAUCGUCAAAUGACAGGUGCGUACAAGCUGACCAGCGGCCCCUACGACCCACCCGUUGACCCUCCCUACAAGUUCAUCCACAUGCUCAAAGGCAUCAGCAUCUACCCCGAGAGCCUCAGCAACAGCAAGAAGAUCGUACGGGUGGGCCGGCGCUCAGGAUCGGGCUCCCUGUUUAGAGAAUGGGGUCGUGGGUCCCCAAACAGUGACGUGCUUCUUGUGGAUGCGGAUCCUGAAGGUGGUACCCCACACCUAGAGAUGAACCACCUGGUACCGCCUGUGGGACCUCCCAGACUGGAGAGGGCGCUGCCCAUCAGGGCUGACUACUGCUGUAUGGAGAGCAGCUCAGGAAGCAGCAGCGAGGCUCCCAGUAAGACGCCGUCGCCCCACAGUCUCGACUCCCCCUCUCUGGGAACACUCAGUUUGGCCAUCGACUACAACUUCCCCAAGAAGGCCCUUGUUGUGACCAUUGUAGGAGCACAGGGGCUCCCUGCAGUGGACGAGCAGGCGGGCAGCUCUGACCCCUAUGUGAAGAUGACCAUCCUGCCCGAGAAGAAGCACCGGGUGAAGACGCGUGUCCUGAGGAAGACUCUGGAGCCCGUGUUCGAUGAGACGUUCACCUUCUACGGCAUCCCUUACAGCUCGCUGCCCGAGCUCUCGCUGCACUUCCUGGUGCUCAGCUUCGAUCGCUUCGCACGGGAUGAUGUGAUCGGGGAGGCGGUGGUGCCGUUGGUGGGUGUGGACCCCAGUACGGGACGUGCGCACAUGACCCAGCAAAUCAGCAAGAGGAACCCGCAGUGUGUAAGUCGUGGGGAGUUGCUGGUCUCUCUGUCUUACCAGCCUGUUACUCACAGGCUUAAUGCAGUAGUCCUUAAGGCCAAACACCUGCCAACCAUGGACAUAACAGGCCUGUCCGGCAACCCUUAUGUUAAAGUAAACGUCUUCUACGGCCGCAAGCGCAUAGCCAAGAAGAAGACGCACGUGAAGAAGUGCACACUCAAUCCCGUUUUCAAUGAAUCUUUUAUCUAUGAUGUUCCCGCUGAGCUUAUGGCAGACAUUUCUGUGGAGUUUCUGGUCAUCGAUUUUGACCGCACCACGAAGAAUGAGGUCGUGGGUCGCCUGGUUCUGGGUGGUCAAAGCCCAAUUCCAUCAGGGGUGACUCACUGGAGGGAAGUCUGUGACAACCCAAGGCGGCAGAUCGCCAAGUGGCAUAACCUUAUAGAGUACUAGUGUCUGGCUAACACAUCGGGAAAGCAAAAUCUAUUAUACCACUUCCUUCCUGUCAGCCCCUUUAUAGAAAGAAGCCCAUUUAACAAUCUCUCCUUUUCCCAGUACAGAUAAGUGAAUGAGAGGAUGUGUGUGUGUCAGGACGUAGGACCAGGAGCAGUCUAAUAGAAAAGAAACUUAGAAAGUUCUCUAACAAACUAAUAGCAAAAAAGACUUAUACAUCAUAGCAAAAAGAAAUAAAUGAUAGUCAGUGUGGUUUUUGGCUCUGACAAAAGUCGAUCAUAAGCGAAUUAUACCUGGAUGAGAGUUAUACCACAGUAUCCUCAGAGCCUUUCAUCAGUAUAUCGCCAUAUUCACAAUAUACAUACACUACAUUAAAUUAGCCGCAUGCUAGAAAUUGAGAGACUUUUAUUUUUAGGAUGAAGGAAGGUUGUAAGAAAAAGUGAGUUUUAAAUUCAUUUGUAAAAAAAGAAAUAAUGUUUUGAUAGUGUAGGAUAAAAAUGGAUGAAAGGGGACACCAUCAUGAGCAUUUUUGCUAAUAUUCUAAUACUUACCACAGAAGACAAGGUUGAAAUAUGGCUAUUUUUCAUAUCCAGCUGAAACUGAGAUUAGAAUUCUGUUAAAAAUGUCAGUUAAACAAAACCUGGCGUCAAGGCCAAGUUUUCAGCCAACCACCAACUGAACAUUAAAGUUAAAGGAUUAAAAAUGAAUUUGAUUUAUGAAAACGCUCUGAUGUUCUACAUAAUAAAGCCAGUCUACACUUUCCCCGUCUUUAUGCUGUAGCUGUUUAUUUAUUUGUAGCUCUACUUAUACAUUAUUGUUCAUUUCUCCGUGUUGUUGGCACAUCUCAACAUAUCUAUUAUUCAUAGAUUCAAAUUCAAUUUGGUUUUUCCUUUUUUUUAUGCAUAUCUAUGCACAUUUCCAUUGAACCACAAAGGAUGUUUUGACCCAGUUGCUGUGCUACCAUAGCAUAUAGAUCAGGGAAGGUUUGGUCAAAAAAGUUGGAGGGAAACAUCAUUUAAAUAACAGUCAAAGCCAAAUGUGACAUAUAUUAGCAUAUUUAGUGCGUUUUUAGUGUACUUUACCUAACAUCACAGUUUCUAUUACCAUCAAAUGUGUUUUUUAAGGCCACACUUAAUUCCUAAGGCCAUAAAACUCAUUCUUAACUUCUUUGGUCAAUAUGUACUGUACAUAAUGUAUCAUAAGGCGUAACACUAGUACUCUUCUAGUUUCUUUUUUCGUAGUACAAUUGAAUAUCGUCAGAUAUACAUUUGAACUUUUGACACAAAUGGUGUCAUGGAAAUAACUUAAUUUAGCCACCCCAAUUUAGAAAUCAUAGUUACUUCAAUAACCUGUUUGGCUUUAAGCAUGUCUGUUCUUGGACUUAUAGCUGAGACAUAUGCAGAUUCAGACCAGUUUUUGCACUUUCUUAGAGUACUGUAUUUAUUUUUAUGAUUUGUGUUCAAAAGAAAAAAAAAUAUAUAUACAUAUAUGUAUCAAAAACCUAAUAUCUAUGAUAGGACUAAUAACUGACCAAAUCAAAGUUAGGAUUUUGGCAUGCGCCAGUAACCAUCAAUCAGUGGCAGCUGUCGAAAACUAACCAAAGUAGAUGGACCAACGUUUUUUGUUGUUGUGGAUAUCUCACCCCUGAGUGAAAUUAGUUUUGGUGACCACGAUGAAGCUGCUCACACUGCAUCUUCAGACAGGCCUCUGAGUCCAUGUUUGAAGGCAUGCAAAAUGCGUGUGGAUGUGAUCCCACUGAUGUUAUUUGGUGCCCACAGCCCGAGACAGAUUACAUGCAUUAUUCACAGUGUGAAUGGGCACAUAUUUAGUUGGUAAGGCAGAAAGUGGGAAGGGGAGAGGAGAAAAAAAGAUACGACUGGCUCAUUAGAGAUAUUUCAUAUUUAACGUGAAAUUAAUAUAGCAGCAAAUGGUAAGCCUUCUCUCCACGAUAUCUGCAGUCAAGCUCAUUUUGAGUCAUUAAGUGCACAUAAUGAGAUUUACUAUUGUUCAUUAGCAAAAAAAAAAAAUCCCAAUCACGUUUUUAAGAAAAUUAAGAAACCAUGUGGCCAUCAUCUAGCUAUUUCACUUCCAAGCUAUACAUUUCCAACGGUGAACUCUUCCACCCUCUGUAAUGUUUUUUACCCUGCAUGGAUUCACUAUUCAAAUUUCUGCUUCAAAACUGGUGUAUAUAUUACAGAUUUAGUGGUUUAUAUGACAGCAAAACCCAAUUUUGUAAAAACGACAAACUUCAAAAUGUAACCUAAGUGAAAUGAUACACUUGUGUUUUUUUCUUUUAUUUUAACCCUCAGCUCCUUGUGUUACUUGGAACUUUUUUGAUCUUUUGGGCAUAAAAAGCUUGUCUUAUAUCAAUAACAAAAGACAUGAAGAUGGAUAUAACCAAUUGUAAAUGAGUGUUUGUUCCACAAUGCACUGGUGGGCAGUAGCACUUUCUGCUCUUCUUGUAUCUAACUGUUUAACUUUGGAAAUGGAAAUGGUUUCUUUUGUGUAAACCUCCUCUUUUGGAGCGCUAUCUGCCCUGCCACUUGUCCCUAACAAUCCCUCAGUUUUUUUUUUUGUGCUGUUGUAUGUUGUACAGAAACACUGAAUGCUAAAAAAGACCAAAAUGAGAUGAGAAGAAAAUCAUUGCAAUGAAUAUAUUAGUCCAUUUGGAUACCACAGUGUUGAUAUGGUUAAAGUGCAGUGUUUCAGCUUUAUUUUAGGUGUCCCUAAAACCACUGUACCUAGAUGACCUGGCCUUUUCAAUAUUUGUAAGUACAAGCAAGUUAUGUAUAAUGUAAGUACAGUGAAUGACAUUUACUUUAUAUGCCCAGGUUAAUACUGCUCAUUUCACUACGUGAACUUCAGGGACAUCUAACAUAAAGUGUGAGAUGUAAUGCUUUUGAGGGCAAGAUAUCUGCAUACUGCUGUGAGUUUACGCUAAAUACAGUAUGUUACACUAAUGCUGACUUGUACUGUAUGUUGAAACUGUUAACACAAUGGACGUGCAAAUAAAAUAAUAACUGAUACACUA